ACUUCAAAAUAUUUCUACCUGGGGAACGGCGGGCUACCUAAAUGACACGACCGAAGUUCUCAGCACAAUCGCGGCGCAGGAGGAAGUACACGUUGCAACAAUUGCGAAUCUGCUCAACGGCUACGGAGCCCCUGUAAUUGCUCCUUGCCAGUAUUCCUUCCCGGUGGCGUCCAUUGAUGAGUUCAUCGCCCUUGGCGACAUCAUCACCUCAGUGGGCAUCAGCGCACUUAUCGGGCUGGCCGAUCGAGUCUCGUACACUGAUCCUGGGAUUGUCAAUACGGUGUCGUCGAUCGUGACAGUCGAGUCCCGCCAUGACGCCUUCUUCCGCCACGUGGGCGGCAGAGUCCCUAACCCAGCUCCAUUUGACACCGGGAUUAGCAGUAUCUGGGCGUACAAUUUGGCUCUUCCAUUUAUCGUGCCUGGAUCGUGUCCAACGGAACUCCCAGUACCCAUUCUGCCCACAUUAACGGUGUCAGCCCCGACUACGGCUGACAACAGAUCUUCAGCGGCCACGGGAAUAGCGUCGAGCAUCGCACCUUAUCAAAAUACCACCACGGGCCCCGCUACCGCUGCGAACACCACCGUGGUUCCGUCAGAAAUGGCAUUCUCCUGGGAUCCAAUGCAGAUGCCAUUCGUUUUCGAGCAGGGAAAACAGUUGUUUGUUGGCUGGACCAAUCAGCUGAAUGUGCCGGUGUAUACGGUAUUAUCGAUCGUUGGUCAAGGCAGGGGAGUUGCGGAUGUACCGCAAGGACUCAAUGGGGCGGUGUUUGCAGCGGUAACAAGUCAAUUGCCUGAUAAUGACUAUGACCUGGCCCUCGCAACCUUAGCAGGCCCGGUUGCGUUGUCACUCUCUUAGCUUUGUGUUGAACAAUUGUGUUGGACUAUCAUUGAUAAAUACAGUAGACAGUCAAGAAUGUCCGGUAAUUUUCUAAUCAAUAUGAACCCUCGUCUGG